ACCAUUUGGAAUCAUGGGGAUUUGGAAUGUAGGAGAUGAGCAACGUGUGGCCACAUGAAUUAAAUAGAGGGAAUGGCACUGACUUUCACCAUACCCUCAUCGCCCGGCCAACACCUAAAUCGUUCUCCAUUCGUACAGAGUCGCCACUCUACCAAGGUAGCCAACUCUUCCACUUUCAUCAUAUUUUCUUCAAAUUCUAAGAAAACCAGCCAAAAAAUUCGAUCACAGAAGGUAAAGGAUAAGAACCCAAAUGCCCAAUCUGGCGGUAUGGGCUUUGCGGCUCUAGAUGCAUUCAGAACAGAUAAAACACCUCCCAAAAACAUAAUUGCAAAAACCAAAAAAAAUGACCCACAAUCAGUGCGGAAGAAUGAAGAGAAAAAAAACAGCAUUGCACAUCAAGAGGAAAGAAAUGAAAACACCAGAAAUCCAUCCUCUGAGGAUUCAGAUUUGGGAAAAAAUGAAGAUGUUUUGCAUUUGAAUACAAGGGCAACUGCAAAACCCUCUUUGAGAGGCGAGGAUAUUAUUUUGGCAUUGCAGAAGGUGUCUGCUCAGAAAGCAAAUGAAGAAAGCCGGAGAAAGGUAAAGAAGAAAAAUGCAAGUAGAGUGGAUAGUACAAGAAGAAGGUCUUCAAAAAUGAUACCCAGGGUCGUGGGGAAUGUGAGGCCUAUUACUGUAAAGCCUGAAUGGGGUGCUCGGAUUGAGAGCCUUGAAAACCAUUUGAAGGAAUUGAAGGAAAGGGCAGAGCUAGCAUGAAAUUAACAUGAAUAGAGGCUUUUGCCAUCCUUGAAUCACUUUCAAUUCUUUUGGGUAUGUAUAUAUGUGAUUAUGUCUUCAUCCCUUUUAAAGGAUUAAUAAGAUGAAUGGAUGCUAUUCUUAUUAUUUGUUUUGAAGUGAAGCCACGUUUCUUUUCACUAAAAGAGGAUUAAACCUAUUUUUUUACAGUGGGUUUUGCUAAGAGCCAAAUAGAUAGAUAGAUAUACAGGUUUUACAUAAUGUCUACCAAAUCAAAGCAGUCAGUUGGGAACCCAGAAAUGGAAAGAGGGGAUUGGGGAGGUUAAGUCUGAAUUGAAGUCCCAGUUUUUUUUUUUUGAAAAGUUGAACCUCCUACUGAUACCUAUUUUAUCAAUAUUUGCCUCUUCGAAGACAGCAGACACAGAACCCCCCAAUAGACUGUACAAGUAGCAAGUCCCUACCGCACCUGAAGGCUUAGGCACAACAUAGAUAUAUUCUCUCUUCCCAAUUAUCCUCUUCAGGUUCGUCAAUCUACCUUUCUCGCACCUAAGUUGUAAUGAGCUAAUCUUCAACCGGACUAGUGAGUGUCUUCAUUUUCCACCUGAUUUUUGUGCCCAUGUAAGCAUUUUGAUCAUGUUCAUAUAAUAUUGCCACUUCCUCCUAAGUUGCUUUUUCCUCAUUUUUAGUUUGAAUUUUUCUUUUAUGGUGUUUUAUCUCCGUUCUUGCAGCUUAUUGACCUAACUAUUCAUCCAUCGCUUAUUUUGGUUCUUCCAAGUUUUCUUUAUUUUGUUCAUGUCUUCUUACAUUACUACCCUGGGUCACCUGUCAGAUUUCAUGAUCUUUGUUCUCUGGAGAUAGUCUAGAAGGUGAACUGUAGCUGGAAUUGGGGAAGUACCCAUUUUCUAUAGUGGAAUCUCGUAUAAGAUUGAAGUCUUAAUCUUGAAUCUGCUGAUGAUUAUAUGCUUCUGAAUUCUUCUGGUUGUCUACAUUUUAGAUCUGGUGUGCUGCUUGUCCAAACAUCCCAUCCAUAAAGCACCACUGGCAUGACAAGUAACCAAAACAAGACCCUGGUGGUCGAUUCCAUAUUCUUGGGUCGCUGCAUGUGUUUUGAAGAGUAUAUGGAGCUUUCCAACAUCCUUGAAUUCUCUUCAUCCUAUAUGAUUCCUAACUAAGCUUAUUGCUAAAAGACUAGUCCUACGCAUAGGUAUCUGUAUUCUGUGACGAUCUCCAAGGGGACUCCACACAAUUGUGAAGAUUUUAUGGUACUACGUUCUGUUCUUUUUGGGUGAAAAGACCAAGAUCUUGGUUUUGGUGAUGUUUAAUUGUAUCCCUAUUUCUUUGCAAAAGAGAUGUAUUGCUUUCAAAUGGUCUCUUAAGAUUUGGGAGGAUAUUGUAAAAGAUAUGAGAUCACCACUAUAUAAAAGGACUUUUAUCACAUAGCUAGCCACGUGCAACCCCAAACCCUUAGCCUGUCUAUGUGUUGCUCCAAUUUGUCAAUAUAAAUGCCAAAUAGAGUCAGGGAUAGGUGGAAUCUAUAUUAUACCUAUGUCACUUCCAAAACAUUUAUAUAUAAAAUUGAAUCUUAUUGCUGUCAAAUGGUUCGGCAGAUGUCACAUUUCGGCUUUUCCAAUAGGUAGCCUCUAGGUUGAUUUGCAAGCUUAAGUUUAUUCGUGAACCUGGUCAGAAUGUCAAAAUUUCAAGGUACAAAAUUGAACAAUAUAUAAAGUAAAUGUAAAGAAAUCCCUCCAAAAGGAGUUUCUCAUA